AGGGCGAACGGUGGGCUCGGCACUCCAACUCUGACAUUCCUUCUCUUCGCGUUCCAUCAGUUUCCGUUUCGCUAUAGACAGAUCGAUCGAUCGAUCGCUGGCGAUGUCGUGAGAGUCGGUCGCUGUACCAAUCCACCCUCAGACUGGCAACAGAAGACGGACGCUUUCAAUGCAUUUGGUGCGCAUCGAGAGGGACUGGCAGAGGUGACUGAAAUUUCACGCAUUCCAGUGCGCGACUUGUUUUCCGAUCUGCGAACGAAGAUCUCGAAGGUUGGCAAUUUGCAUGCUGCUGCGAGAGAUUUCGAGCUGAGCUGAGGUGAAGUGAGAGGAGAGUGGCGAGCGAUGGCGCGAACGGAGCUGUUCGUGAAGCAGGCGGCGGCGUACGCGAGGGCGCGGCCGAACUAUCCCGCGACGCUCUUCCAGAUGCUGGCGGACGCUACGCAGCGGCACGAGCGGGCGUGGGACUGCGCGACGGGCAACGGGCAGGCGGCGGCGAUGCUGGCGGAGCAUUACGAGUCGGUGGUGGCCACCGACAUCAGCGACGGGCAGCUGGCGCACGCCGUCGCGCACCCGAGGGUCACGUACAGGAAGAUGCUGGCUGUGCCGGAGGACUCGCAGGAGCUCGAGCACACCGUCGGCCCGGCGGGCUCCGUGGACCUGGUCACGGUGGCGCAGGCCGUCCAUUGGUUCGAUCUGCCCGCCUUCUACAGCGUGGUGCGCCACGUCCUGCGCCGGCCCGGCGGCGUGCUGGCCGUCUGGUGCUACAAGCAGCCGCGCGUGUCCGCGGCCGUGGACGCGCUCUGCGACAAGCUCUACGAGCACGACUCGGCGCAGUAUUGGGACCCGGCGCGCGAGCUCGUCGACGCCGACUACCGCACGAUCCCGUUCCCCUUCGAGCCCGUGGACUCUCGCGGCGUGGGGCCGCACUUCAUGUCCAUGACCAAAGAGUGGACCCUCGACGAUUACUUGCAUUACUGGCGCUCCAACUCCGCCAUCCAGACCGCUCUGGACAAUGGCGUGGAUCUGCUCAGCGCCGAGGUUUGCGACACCUUCCUCCGCGCUUGGGGCCCUGCCGACAUCUCGCGAACCGUCACGUUCCCCAUGGCCCUGCUCAUGGGCACCGUCUCCGCUUCGUCGUAGCGACUGUCAGCGGUGGUCCGUAUCAGUAGUCAGAAAUCGCCAGGUGAUGCUCUGUGGCGGUCUUUGUCCGAGAGGGUGAUCUUCAAGGCUGUCUCUCUUUCUUCUACUGGCGUUGGGCUAUUGUCGGUGCGCUGUCCAUCUGACAACCAGCGACACUUUCAUGAUGUCCGAAGAGUGGAAUGGGGCACACUUACAGCCUCCUACAUGAAUAAAAGAUUUUGAAUAUGAGCUUC